UCUGCUUCCUUCCUUCUUCCCAGCACCAAGAGAGUGGAUCAUUCAAACACCCGACUGUCUACCCAGCUUGACCGCAACCCCGGUGCCGAUGACAACAACCUGAACUCCAUCUUUUACGAGCACCUGACCCGCUCGUUGCAACACACCCUCUGCGGGGACCUGGUGUUGGGCCGCUGGGGCAAUUACACCACGGGGGACUGUUUCAUCCUGGCCUCGGAUUACCUGAACAGCCUCGUUCACCUCAUCGAGAUCGGCAACGGCCUGGUCACCUUCCAGCUGCGAGGCCUCGAAUUCCGCGGAACGUACUGCCAGCAGCGGGAGGUGGAGGCCAUCACGGAAGGCGUGGAAGAGGACGAAGCCUGUUGCUGCUGUGAGCCGGGCCACCUUCCCCGCAUGCUGAGCUUCAACGCGGCCUUCGGGCAGCGCUGGCUGGCUUGGGAAGUGGCCGCCACCAAGUACGUCCUGGAGGGUUACAGCAUCAGCGACAACAACGCGGCCUCCAUGCUCCAGGUGUUCGACCUGCGGAAGAUCCUCAUCACGUACUACGUGAAGAGCAUCAUCUACUACGUGACCUGCUCCCCGAAGCUGGAGGAGUGGAUGGGGAACGAAGGCAUCCAGGAAGCCCUCCGGCCUUGCACCGCCCUCAACUACGCCGACAGCGACCCCACCUUCAACCUGAACAUCGACGAAGACUACGACCACCGCAUGGCGGGGAUCUCCCUGGCUUCUUUCUGCAACAUCUACCUCGACUGGAUUCAGUACUGCGCCGGGCGCAGGGAGAAGGCCGUGGACCGGGAGUGGAAUUCCCGCCUGGUCACCCUGUGUUUCGGGCUUUGCAUCCUGGGCCGCAGAGCCCUGGGAACCGCCUCCCACAGCAUGUCAGCCAGCCUGGAGCCCUUCCUCUACGGUUUGCAUGCCCUGUUCAAGGGCGACUUCCGAAUCACGUCGCCCCGGGACGAAUGGGUCUUUGCCGACAUGGAUCUUCUGCACCAGGUGGUGGCGCCUGGCGUGCGCAUGUCCCUGAAGCUGCAUCAG